AUGUCCGAUUUCAGCAGAUCAUAUUUAAGUUUCCUGAGUAACUGGAAAUUUGGUUUGACAAUCUCUGUCCCGUGUUUCGCGGUAGGCCUGUGCGUUACAUUUUACAAUUAUUUUAAAACAUCCAGUAACAACAGACAUCUCGGCAAACCGACCGCGAACGCAAGUAUUGCUAAAGAAGCUAAUGUUCAAAACCCGCUAGAAACUAAAGGAAUCGAUCAGACAGCCGUCAAAACAAAGGUUGGUAUCUUCAAUUUUUUUUUUUUUUUUAGUGAAUCUAGAUUAGUUAAACAUAAGUGAACACGUUUCUCAUAUAAAAGUAUAUUUUAAAAUAUACAUUACAAAUUCUUAUCUAGUAUAUAGUUGGUUUUUUUUCACAGACACUUGUAGAAGAGGUUGAAGAUUUAAAAAAACUUGGAAAUGCAGAAUUUUCAAAAGGAAAUUAUGAUAUGGCCAAAACAUACUAUACACAAGCAAUACUAAUGUGCCCAGAAACAGAGGAAGCAGUUUUGUCCGUUUUGUUUCAAAAUCGAGCUGCCGCUUAUUCUAAACUGGUAAGUAAAUUCAUUACUUAAGUCAGUUUUGUCAUAGCAAAACUAGGUUUUUUUUAAAUAUUAGGUGUAACAAUGGUAUUAUUUGCUUACAUGAUAUUUUCAGAAUAAUAAUGAAAAUUGCUUGGCUGAUUGUAACAAUGCUCUAGCAUUAGUACCAGCAUACAAAAAAGCGUUAUCUCGAAGAGCAAGAGUACUUUCAGAAUUAGGGAACUUUAAACUCGCUUUAGAAGAUAUUACAGCUGUGAUUAUUUUUAAUAUGUUUAAAAAUCAAGAUGACAUAAUAUUUUCAGAUAAUCUGCUCAAAAGUUUAGGUGAGGUUAUUUAUUUUUUUUUUCACUAAUAUAGAAUUUAAAAAUGUUUUUACAAUAAUCACUAGUCCUAAAAAAAAAAACUUCACGAUAACUGUUAAUUUCUUCAAAUAUUUGAAAUUUUAAUUAUAUCAUAAGUUAAAAUUGAUUUUCAGGCGAGCAAAAUUUAGAAGAAUACACAAAGCACAAGGAAUUCAAUUUGCCAUCAAAAACAUUUAUUAAACAAUUUUUGAAAUCAUUCCCUGACGACCCAUUUUCUGACGAAUUUGUACUGACAUUAUUAAAAUCAGACAUAAAGUAAGUAUUUUAAGAAUUAUAAGUAGUAUUUAAUAUUAAUCAUAACAUACUUUUACUAUCAUUAAAAAAUCAAUAAAUAGUUCUUAUUACAUAUGAUAAAUAUAUAAAAAAAUGUAUGUAUUAAUUAAUUUAGUACAGGUUUGGAGUAUGCAUUCAAAUGUAUUCAGAAUCAAAAGUUCGAAGAAAUCGAAAAAUCAUGUCAAGAAGAAUUAAAUAAAACUGAUAAUAGUUUGAUUCGUAAAAGUUUUGCAUUAAACUUAUUAGCUACUUUUUAUUUACUCCGCGGAAAUUAUACUGCUGGUAUUAAACAUCUUACUACUGUCAUCGAAAAUCCAAAUGUUUCAAACAAGGUAUAACAAUAAAGUUUUUAUAUUUAUUGAUAAUUAACAUAAUUAAAAUACAUAUAAUUAUCUAUAUAAAAUAUGUCUGGGUAAUUAAAAUACAACAGACUUAACAACUUGGGUAGAUAAUAUGUUACUUAAAGUGUAAAAUUGAUAAAAUACUUAUACUAACUUAUUCAGAUGUUUGAUACCUUAUUUUAACAUUAGAAUCCAUGGUAAAGUUACUGAUAAAUAUAGUUCUAUUUAUAAUUAAUAUGCUACUACUUGGUUUCUUUAUUCUAUUCAGUUGAUUCAAUAUAUAAUUGUUCAGACUGAGCAAUUUGUUUGAGAAAAUAAAUAAAACUAAAAGUAGUAUUUUAAAAAAAAAUAGUUUAAAAUCUGCAUAACUAGUUAGGUAUGAUGUUUGUGAAUGGGUAUAUAGUGCUUAUAUAUUUUUACUGUUUUUCGCCUUUUUUUGUUCUUUAACUAAUUUUGUUUUUUUAAAUAACAAUUAGAACAUUAUUUAUAAUUUUUUUUUUUACAAUGUAGACAUUUUAUGGGGAAAAACUAGUAAAAUAAUCAAAUCUUUCUAAGUCAUAGGAAGUUUUAAACAUAUUUAAAUUUUCAAUUAAUUUAAAAGUUUUAUUACACAUGGUAAAAUAUUGUUAACUUUAUUUUAUUUUAUUUUUUAUUUUUUUGAAAAUUUAAUUGAUUAAGUUAAAUUUUUGAUAGUUGAUCAUAAAUUCCUUAAUAAAACGAGCAUUAGGAUAUCACCAACAUGAAGAAGUUGACAAAUGUUUUGAGGAUUUCAACCGUGCUGAAGCUAUUGAUCCCAACAGUUCUUCAGUAUAUCACCACAGAGCUCAAGUAAUAUUUAAUAGCAUUAGUAAACAUUUUCAGAAAGUCAUACUAUAGUAACAAAAAUCAUUAAUUUUUUUUUUUAGAUUUAUUUAAAGAGAAUGAACACUGAGGAAGCAGUUAAAAAUUUCAAGAAAUCUCUAGAAUUGAAUCCUAAUUUUGUUUUGUCUACUGCUUAUUAUUAUUUUGCUCAAUACCGUCAUGCCAAAAAAGUAUCAAAUAAAUUAUAUGUUGAACAUUUCUUGAUACAAUUGGGAGAUUUUGUGAUGAAUUACCCAAAUAUUGCUGAAAGUAUAACAUUUUACACCCGGGUAGAAAAAUAUAUUAUGAAAUAGUGUAGUUUUUAAAAUUAAAAAUGUAUACAUUUAUGUUUAUAUAUAGGCUUUAUUGGAAACUGGAGCUUAUGAAGAAGCAGAUUUAGUGUUUAAAAACGCACUUGAAAUUCAUCCAGACCAAGCUGAUUUCCUAGUACAUAGAGGUAAACUUGUGUUCGUUAAAUGUAAAACUCUCGGUUUUAGGAUAUAAAGCAUAGCACUGCCUAUAAAACAUGAAGUUUUUACCUAAUAAUUAUUAAAGUAGUUUAACUAAUUAUUAUGUUGUUUACUUUCAUGUACUUUUAUUAUUCAAUUUUUUUGCUAUUAAUAUUUAACUUAAACAAAUUUAUAGUUACUACAAAAAAAUAUAGAGAACUAUAGAUUAGUCAGGAAAAAAAUUGUUUUUUAAUAUGAAUAUAAUAUUAUUUAUGUAGUAUUUUAUAGUAAAUAUACUGGAAAAUCGAGUAAUUUUGAAAAUCUAACAACCUUGACUGCACAUUUCUAUAUAAAAUCAACUAGUUUACUAGAAAUAAAUUGUUUUUUUUCAGCAUUGAUCGCAUCAUCAUGGAAAAUUAAUGGUAUACCUGAUGCAUUUAAACUCCUUGAACAAGCAUUAAACAUUGAUCCGAAAUGUAAUUUUGCGUAUGAUGCACUUGGAGCACUUUACAUGCAAGUGUAAGAUAUUAAAAGCAAAUGUUUAUAAUAUUUUAAAAUAAUUAUUUUAUUUCAAUACCAUUCUGUUAAGAUAUUUUUGAAUUUUGAAUUGAAAAUAUUUCAAUAAUGAUAUUACAAUUAAAACAAAACAUUGUAACUAAAUUAUUUUAUUUAUUUUUACUAACGAGAUUUUGAUAAGACUGGAUAAAAAAAAUAGUAAAUGUAUUAAUUUCUUUCACAAUGCCUUUUUUUUUUUUUUUUUUAACAAAUCGGUGUUGGAAAAGCGGUUUAAUAUUAAUUAAAUGGUUUUUAAAUAAUAUCUAUGCAUAAGGGUUUUUUUAUUAGCUUCAUUAAAUUAUAUUUAUAUUUUAUUUGUGCUUGUGUGUUUCAGUGGACAACAUAAGAAUGCUGUUGAUUGUUUGAAAAAAGCUAUACCCCUUCCUAAACCAAGAAAAGAACUAUUACACACAUUUUCUUUAAGGAAUUCAGCACAAGCCCAAUUAGCAAUAUUUGAACGUUUUGGAAUAAUAACGUCCAAAGUUUAUUCAUUUUCAGAAUAA